AUGUUUUCAUUAGAAGUUUGUGAGAGGUUGAAGGGACAGCUCCAUGAGCUCCUUAAUAAGGAUUGUAAUUUAGGACCAGAUGAGAAUGAGUUCCUGCAUUAUGUUUCUACAUUAGAUAAUCCCAAGACUUCAUUAGAUCUAGUUAAGUCAUGGAAGGAAGAAGGAAAUUCCUGUUACAGUCAUGGAGAUAUUAAUGAUGCUUUAGAGUGUUAUGGUUUUGCUAGUGUGAUGCUUAGCCUAAUUUUCUUGGAGGAGAAAGAUGCUACAAGUUUUUGCGAAUUAGCUUUCUACAUCUUGCUAAAUUUAGCUGCUUGUUUCUUGAAGAUAAAUGAAUUUGAUCAAGUUGGUCUUCUUUGCUCUAUUGUCUUAAGCUUUGACCCGUGCAAUGUUAAAGCUUUGUUUAGAAGAGCUAGAGCAUCGGUGGGAAUAGGAAGGUAUGAUUUAGCUCACUGGGAUUUGCUACAAGCAUCUAAGAUUGACCCAUCAAACAAAGAAAUUGCUAAGAAAUUAAAUGAAGUUCAUAGUUUGUUUAUUAAGCAAAAGGAUCACCCGGUUGGUUUAGGGGUGGACCCAUUGACAACAAGGAAAAAGAUGAAGGGAAAACAUCAGGAAGAAGACGAAUGUUCUACUAAGGUGAAAGAAGGAGUUAAUAGUGAGAUCCAAAACUUAUUGCAGGAAAGCGUGGUGAAGGACCAAGUUGUCUGUGAAGAGAAAGAUGUCAAAAUAGAGUGCAUAAAUGAGAGUGUGAGUGAUUCCAAAAUCAGAAACCCAAAUCAGGCGGAGCCUAAAUAUCGGUUUGUUAACCGAAGAAGGCCAGGCUCCUCAUUACAGUUGUCUAAAAACAUUACUCAAUUGUUGAGGGAAGGGAAAUCAGUGCAAUUAUAUAAUCCAAAAUCAGGGUCAUAUGUGGUAGUCCGAAUUGCUCAUUUAUCAAAAGGAGGCGCUAGCAAGAAAAUUACAAUGCAAGACGGUCAGUUGCAACAACAUUGUUCUAAUCAAAUGAAUGAGCAUAGUCACCCUAACAUAGGGGAUGAAGACAUCAAUCCCAACCUAGCCCACCAUGAAAGUGAAGAUUUAUUGAUGAAAAGUAUGGAGCCCAAGUCAAACAGCGAUAUUGAAAUGGAGAUUGCCGCUAGUGGGCUACAAAUGGCCCAAUCGAGCUCAUUUGUUUCAUCUGGGUUUCCAAUUAAAGGAUGUAUUGCAUUAGACUCCAAAGAAACUAAAGGCCGGAAAAAGCGUAACAAAGCCUAA